CAGGCACUGAAAUAGAAAGUGUCAGGAUUGGGAUGUCAAGGAGGAUAACUUGGUGAGCACCCAUCCCGCGCCCUCCCUGCAGAGCCCGGCACCGCCUCCUGCGCUCAGCACAGAGCCGGGCUGGCGGCAGGAAGCGGGCGGGCGGCCGCGGGUCCUCGCGAGGCCGAUUUCCUCCGGAGCGGCCCUGGGCGAUCGCUGGACUCGCAGACCCGCCUCGGUCGAGCACGAUCUCUCCCCCUAGCCCCGCUCCGCUCAACCCACCCACUUACUUCCUUCGACUGCACACACACACACACACACACACACACACACACACACACACACACACACACACACUCAGAGCUGCCAAAAAUUUCCAACCUCCGCCCCCCUCCCGAGCUGACUUCCUUCCAGCGCUUCCUGAGCUGGACGAUCCUGGGAUUUGUAAGACAGGAAAAAAAAGGGACGGCGCGAGGGCGGGCGACGGGACGGGAUGCUGGCUGUUCCCGGUCCGCCCGCGGUCUGAAAGGCUGAGCAGGAGUGCGGGCCUAAGGGCGGAGCACACUCACAGCCCCGGGGCGGUCCUCUCGCCGCCGCGCCCCGGCCCCUGCUCCUCGCAAGGCUCAGCGGAGAAGCGCGGGGAAACGCCGCCGCGGGAGCCCGAGUAGGGAGGUGACACCCGCCCCGGGGCGGUGCACGGCCGGAUCUGCGCGCCCAUGCCGACCCGCGGCGCCGCUCUGCCCCGGUGACCCGACCCCGAAACCCCUCGUCAGCGGUGCGGAGCAGAGAGCGGGAGACGGAGGGGCAGCCUCUGUGGGACUAACUCAUGAAGAACAAGGGUGCCAAGCAGAAGCUGAAACGAAAGGGAGCCGCCAGUGCGUUUGGAUGUGACCUGACGGAGUAUCUGGAAAGCUCGGGACAGGAUGUUCCAUAUGUGCUGAAGAGCUGUGCUGAGUUCAUAGAGACUCACGGCAUUGUCGAUGGAAUCUAUCGUCUCUCAGGUAUCACCUCAAACAUCCAGCGGCUAAGGCAAGAGUUUGGCUCAGAUCAAUGUCCAGAUCUGACAAGGGAAGUGUACCUCCAAGACAUCCACUGUGUGGGCUCCCUGUGCAAGCUCUACUUCAGGGAGCUGCCCAACCCCCUCCUGACCUACGAGCUCUAUGAGAAAUUCACGGAAGCGGUGUCUCAUUGCCCGGAAGAAGGACAGCUAGCCCGAAUCCAGAAUGUUAUCCAGGAGCUGCCCCCACCCCAUUAUAGGACCUUGGAAUACCUGAUUCGACACCUGGCCCACAUCGCCUCAUUCAGCAGCAAGACCAACAUGCAUGCCAGGAACCUGGCCCUGGUGUGGGCCCCAAACCUCCUCAGGUGUAAAAAGAUCGAAGCCACUAUUUGUAACGGAGACGCAGCCUUUCUGGCAGUCCGGGUCCAGCAGGUGGUGAUUGAGUUCAUACUGAAUCAUGCCGAUCAAAUCUUCAACAGUGGUGCUCCAGGGCCUCUGCAGCAGGAUGAAAGCCGUACCAUCACAAAGAGCCUGACCUUGCCAGCCCUGUCCCUGCCCAUGAAGUUGGUAAGCCUGGAGGAGGCUCAGGCCCGAAGCCUGGCAACAAACCACCCGGCUCGAAAGGAAAGGCGAGAGAACAGCCUGCCUGAGAUCGUCCCUCCCGUGGGCACCCUCUUCCACACAGUCCUUGAGUUACCAGACAACAAGAGAAAGCUUUCCAGUAAAUCAAAGAAGUGGAAAUCAAUAUUUAACCUGGGGCGUUCUGGAUCGGACUCGAAAUCUAAGCUGAGCAGAAAUGGGAGUGUGUUCGUGAGAGGGCAGAGGCUUUCAGUGGAAAAGGCUACUAUCCGACCAGCUAAAAGCAUGGACUCACUGUGUUCAGUGCCUGUGGAAGGCAAAGAAAACAAAGGAAAUUUCAAUCGAACAGUCACCACUGGUGGAUUUUUCAUUCCAGCCACAAAAAUGCACACGGGCAGCGCCGGCAGCUCCUGUGACCUCAGCAAGGAGAGCGAAUGGGGUCAGGAGGGGAUGCCGGCUGGGGCUGAGGGGGGCUGUGAGGUGGGCGGUCAGAUCCGGCCCCUGCCUGAGCAGCUGAAGGUGUUCCGACCGAUCGGAGACCCUGAGAGCGAGCAGUCCGCCCCGAAACUCCUGGGGAUGUUCUACACCUCCAACGACAGUCCGGGCAAAUCAGUGUUCACCAGCAGCCUGUUCCAGAUGGAGCCCUCACCGCGCCACCAGCGGAAGGCGCUCAACAUCUCCGAGCCCUUCGCGGUCUCCGUGCCUCUCCGCGUGUCUGCGGUCAUCAGCACCAACAGCACCCCGUGCAGAACACCCCCCAAAGAGCUGCAGUCUCUCUCCAGCCUAGAAGAGUUUUCUUUCCAAGGUUCAGAAAGCGGAGGGUGGCCAGAAGAGGAGAAGCCUCCAGGAGCUGAGUCUUUUCCAGCCUCUGUCGCUAAGAAGGCAGCUCCUGAGGACACCAUGCCAGAACCCGAAGCCCUGGGGACAGCGGAAUGUAGCCAAGGCCCUUCCCUGGUCCCAGGUACCCAAGUGGAGAAGAAAUCCUUGGAACUAGCCCUGGGCUCUCAACUUUCAAGGGAAGCAGAGAAGAGGCCAAAUGCAGAGGAAGUGGUGGAGGACAGCCAGGGGGCUGGCCAGCUGAAGACAACCGCUCCACAAGAGAGCCUCAGGGCCAGGACUGAAGCAAUGCUUCUCCAUGAGAUGGAUGAAGAUGACCUAGCUCAUGCCCUGAUCUGGCCCGAGAUUCAACAGGAACUGAAAAUCAUUGAAUCGGAGGAGGAGCUCUCGUCAUUACCACCCCCUGCUCAGAAGACAAGCCCAAAGACUGAGUCAGGUCCAGCCCCAUUUCCCCUCCCAGAGGCGUCUGCGAGCUCGCCCUGUGGCUCUACAUCUCUGGAAGUAUGGACUAGGGACUCAGCCAACCAGAGCAUACAGGAGGCUGCCAUCCUCACCAACAGAGAGAAGCUGGAGCCAGUCUGCAGCCUCCCUGGGUCAAAGCCCGAGCCGGGGUUCACCCCAGACCCAGCCAGUCUAGCGCCUCUGCAAAUACUUCUGUUUGAGAAGGUGUCUUCUCCAGCUAGGAUAGAGAUAGGAGGCCCGAGAAAUCUCUCUCCUCCACUUCCUCCUGCUCCUCCCCCUCCAACUCCUCUGGAGGAGGAACCUCGGGUCCUGAUGUCAAAGGAAGGUUGUGAAAGAGAAGAUGCAUCUGCGGACUCCAGGACAGAUCCCUACACAGAGCAGCCCAAACCCAAAGACAACCCUGGCAUCCCUAGCCUCUGUCAGAGAGAGGAGACCACUGCAAGCCCCAACGAGAAGCAAAAUGCAAAGCAUGCUGUUCCUGAGAGCAAAGGCCCUGGUCUUCCAAGCCCAACAAAGGAGGUGGAAGUCGCCCCACAAGAAGAGGGGGAUGCCCCCCACGCAGCCCAAGAGCCUUCAGACUGUGACGAAGAUGACACUGUGACAGACGCUGCUCAGCAUGGCCUGGAGAUGGUAGAGCCGUGGGAGGAGCCCCAGUGGGUGACCAGCCCUCUUCAUUCCCCCACCCUGAAAGAAGUGCAGGAGUCCCAGAUGCAGUGCCCCCAGGGCCACAGGUUGGAGAGGAGACUUUGCCACAGGCCCAGCCUUCGCCAGAGCCAUUCUCUAGAUAGCAAAACCACUGGUAAGAGCCACUGGACUCUCGAGGUUCCCUUCUCCAGCAGCUGUGCCAAUCUUGAAACAGAGAAGAAUUAUGAGCCUCUGCAGCCCCCGGCAGCCAGGAACAAGACUGCUGGAUGGGAGGAAAAAGCCCUGAAAGCCUUCAGGGAGUUCUCUGGCCUGAAAGGGUUAGAGGUUCUUCCCAGCCAGAAGGGACCAUCUGGUAUACCACCCAAACCAGUAGAAGCCAACUUCAUCAGUCUGGCAGAGGGAAAGGAGCAGGGACCACAGCUGGGACUCAACAACUCUCAGAUGACACACAGUGAUGUUCCUGAGCCAGGGAGCAGCAUGGAGAGUUCACCUAGAGCUCAAGACAGAACCGCACCUGGGGAGCAACCCCUAAAGUCACAGCUCAAGAGCACGGAGGGUGGGCCCUCAAAAGGGAAACACAGGCCUUCUUCCCUCAACUUGGACUCCGCCACUCCUAUCACUGACCUCUUCCGGCUUGAGAAUGGAGCUUCAUUUAGUUCACCUGGAAUAGAGCUCGCUGAACUAAGAGACACCAAGGUCACCCAGAUGACCUCCUCUCACUGUAAAGCGGCCCCCUGGAACUCCCCGGACAUCCAGGACCUGGACAUUGUUGCCCAUGCUCUGACAGGCCGUCGGAAUUCAGCUCCCGUGAGUGUGUCGGCUGUGAGGACCUCCUUCAUGGUCAAAAUGUGUCAGGCCAAGGCUGUCCCUGUCAUCCCACCCAAGAUUCAGUACACACAGAUCCCACAGCCCCUGCCCUCUCAGAGCACAGGAGAAGGUGGGGCUCAGCCUCCAGAGAGGAACCGGGAAGAACCUGGUCCAACCACCGAGACCCCUCAGAACCCCACCAAAGAUGAUUCUCCCUCCUCCCUGGAAAGCCCAGAGGAAGAGCAACCAAAGCAAGAGGCAGGAGCCUUUGCAUCGCAGAGGAAGGGUAGCACCACACCCUGCAUGUCUGAGGGGCCCUUCUGCUCUCCAGAACCAGGGGUAUCCAAUCUGCUCUCCACACAGGAUGCAAUGGGGCAAUGCAGAAAACGCACAUCGGAGACCGAGCCAUCAGGAGACAACGUUCUUUCUUCAAAACUGGAGCGAGCGUCUGGGGGGCCUAAGCCUUUCCACAGGUCAAGGCCAGGAAGACCUCAGAGCCUAAUCUUAUUCCCCAUCAUGGACCACCUGCCCUCCUCAUCCACAAUGAUAGAUUCCAAGGUCCUGCUGUCCCCUAUCAGAAGCCCCACUCAGACAGUUUCCCCUGGCCUUCUCUGUGGGGAAUUGGCAGAAAACACAUGGGUCACACCAGAAGGGGUUACACUUAGGAAUAAAAUGACUAUCCCUAAGAAUGGCCAAAGACUAGAGACUUCAACCAGCUGUUUUUACCAGCCCCAGCGGAGAUCUGUGAUUCUGGAUGGAAGAAGCGGGAGGCAAAUAGAGUGAGACCUGUGGACCUGCUGGUGUCUGCAGAAACGGCAGGUUCAUCUGGAAGUUAUUACAGGACCAACUGGCCAUUUUCCAGCCACAAGUUAUCUAAAUUGGGGCUUAUUUUGGCCUCUGACUAACCCCCCUCUCCCACUUCCCCCACCUCUCUGUCUUUGACCAUACAUGAGUCCAUUUGCCAGAAGAGUGGUCAAGACAAGGACCAAAAAGUGAGAUUUAAGUAAGUCCACAGAAGCAAGUUGGGAAGGUAGGCAGGGGAAGAGGAUGGAAUGCUUGCCUCGGAUAGAAACUGGGGCUCGUCUGUGAGUCACAUUAUUCCUCCAUUGCCAUUAUCUAUUACUGUCAAGAGCUGGCUGUGUUAGUAUCCCUUGAAAGAAAGAAAAAUUCUUUGCCUGAGUCAGAAAAAUCUUCCUGUUACGAUUGAAGGUGUCUUUGUGCUUUUUUAUGUUCUUUACAGUAUGUGUUCUUUUAGACCAGUUUUCUAAUAAGCUCUGUAAAAGUGUAUUGCCCCUAGAUAGAAGCAGAUCUGAAAAUGCAAACUAACAUGCACUUAAGAUAUCCAGGUGGGGGGACUUCCUUGUGCUCUCUCCCUGGAGUGGCUGCAAACCUGUUCGAGGUGAUCCAUGAAGUCAGAAUUGGUACCACCCACGAACGCUUCCUGGUGCUGGCUUUAUUGUGACUCCCCCUGCCACUGUGCUGAACUCGGAUUACCAAAUCCAGCAGCUUGGCAGACUGAGGACUGCGCCAGGACUGAGAAGUCAUAUAGGUAUGCAGGAGUGACUUGUCUGCUUUCUUAAUAGUACCAGAAUCCAAGUGCCACAUGUCAUAGGAAAAGCCUCACAGAACGGCACAACUUCUUUACGGACCUGACGUGUUUAAGUUGGCCAGGCAUCAGGGAGAAAAACUGGAGCUCAGCUUUACUCUCCAGCACUAAGCUGUCUGGGCCCAGGAUGACAGGAGAGGAGGCAAUGAGGCGCCCCAGCAGAGUGGCUGUCACUGUCACUCACAUUUGUCAAAGAGGCACUGCCUUUAGCCAGUGGCUCCCUCCCUUUCUCAGUCUCUCACUAUCACUCAAGGGCAGGCUUGAGACACCUCUCUCUGUCUUAAUUCCCCAUCCACCAUCCACCUAAACUCAGCCUUGCUGUCUAGACACAAACAGAUGCAAUAACUCAAUCUGCUGUUCCUUACGCUUGCUGGAAGAGUUCUUGUGCUUCCCUUCCAAGGCUUCAUAGGGCACUUCUCAGACUCCAGCCUGGCUGAACUCUGUCCGGAAGCUCAGGCGUUGGUCAAGUUUAUCCAAAGACUAGCAGUACCUCUGGGCUGACCCCACAAUCAGAGUCAGUACUGGACUGGAUAGCGGCUAAGCUGAAGUCAUCCUGGGGGGAAUGUGGAAGCAGACGCCCUAUCACAGAUGUCAUGCUCGCCCUUCCCUCCCUGGUUAACCCUAAAGAGUGGAAAUCUUGACCCACUCCUUUUAAGCCAGUGCCUGGGGCAAAGACAACUAGUAAGUCCACUAAGGAGAGUGAGCCCACGUGAGGGAGCAAGGGAAGGUAGGUCUUCAGCCUUUGCUUUCUCAUUGGAUGAGGAAAGCAUUGGACCAACAGCCACUGAGAUGUCAACCCCACGAGAAGUCUUAGGACACAGCAUUUCCCCCUAGUGACAAAGUGUGAAGAAAUAUGGUGUAGAGUGUUGCCAGCUUUCCUUAACUUAAAUUAUCCUGUCUAUCUUUUGCCUCUGGGCUUUUCCCAUUCUCUCACUUCUGUAAAUCUUACUCUUACUCCAUGGCUUGUUGUGUAGCUGUGUGGCUGGCCCCUAGAGUACUCCUCCUCCUUCUCUGGCUCGCUCUUCUCCUCUUCCAGAUUUCUCAUUCUGUCUAUCCUCUCUGCCUGCCAGCCCCGCCCAUUUCCCUCUCCUGCUUACCUAUUGGCUGUUCAGUUCUUUAUUAGACCAUCAGGUGUUUUAGACAGGCACAGUAACACAGCUUCACAGAGUUAAACAAAUGCACCAUAAACAAAAGUAACACCCCUUAAAAUAAUAGUCCCCAACAGUGGAGAGAUGAGAAAGGCCAUGUUCUGAAGAUUUAAAAAGUGCGUUCCUGCCUUAUCAAGCUUCAUUUCGGCCUCAGUGUACUUAUGGUGUGCUUUAAUAGACUUGCUCCAGUUAGAACAUGAGAGGAAAAGAGCCAACCACCGAAACACUGAAACUACUUAGUGAUUAUUUUAAGUUGUCUAAUACUUCUAGGAUGCAUUUGUACUGGCAGGUAGACAGAAGCCAUCGUUUACAUGCUGACAAAUGACUUCAGUUCUGAGGAUUGAUUUCUAAAAUGACUGCCAUGCUCCUUUAGAUACCAUUCAUUUAUGACAUCACCUUCAGGAGAAUGGGCAUGUGGGUGUCUCCAUGACCCACUGACACCUGUUUGGAAAUAUUCCUUACUUCAAGUUCUCUUAGCCCAUCAAUUCCAGAAAGGCUUGGAGGUUUUACCAUCUCAGUGUACUGCUUCUACAGUGUGGUCCUCUUUUCUGAUGGUCUUACAGCCAACUGUCACACACAUAUUCAUAGAUUUUGUGGGCUGGGUGAGCCUGGCAUUGAUGAAAUCCCAUUCCACGGCAAAGAAGUUGUUCCUUGAGAUGCCCUGGGGUCACCAUUUGGCAACACCUGGGACUCUCAUAUGGGACCCGUGAGAAUGGCCAAGUGGGAAUCGGCCUGCUUGCUUCCAUCCAGGCCCAGGGGGAAGGACGACUGGUGUCGGGAUCUGCUGAGAUGCCAAGAGAAGAGAGUGACUCUUCAGAGCAAUUGCCAGUCCUCAACAUGGGGUAGCUCAUUUUAAAGACUGAAGUUCAAGUGGAAUGCAGACAUGUACCCUUUUUUGGCAUGUUAUUGUUGCUUAAGACAAUAAUCCAUAUUUAUUUACAAAAUAGUCCUCCUGGGACUUCCCCCCUCCCCCUUUUGCCAAAAUGGAGUGGAGAAAGAACAUUUAAUUUUUAUUCUCUACUCCUAAAAUAUGAAAAGAUCUGACCAAGACAUCAUUAUGAAAUACACUAUUAGCUUAAUCUAAGCCUUAAUCGUGCCCAAGUUAAAAUUCUGGAUUCUGGAGACACUAAAAAUGUCAAUGUCAGCAUCCUCAUCCAGUAGUUAUUGAAAGCUUGGUAACAGGGCGCUAGUUACCUUAGCACUCCUACACGCCUGGAGGAGUCUGAAGAAGAAGAGGAGGAGGGGCACUGGCAAAUCGAACAGCCUGGAAUAACUGGGAGCAGGGUGAGAACCAACAGAUGCCGAGAAAAGGCAGAAAGCAGCAACCAGCACCUUUCAGUAGGAAUGCUAACAGUAUUCAAAUGACCUACUAAUUUUAAAUAAUCUAACUAAGCAGAACUGCAAAUCCAAUAAAAUGUAUGAGUGAGACA